AUGCCUCAGGUUGAGUGGCACCAUAUAAGAUUUAGUCAGAACCCAACUGACAUAGCUUCUCGAGGAAUACAUCCAGGUCAAAUGAGAGAACAGUGUUUGUGGUUUUCUGGACCAGAUAUUCUCCAUGAGUCCCAGCCCGAGUACCCCAAACUUAAGAUUGAAAUUUUAGAGGAUCCACUCUAUAAUGUAAACGUUUUGAUUGAAACUAAAGGGUUAGAUACCUUUGUCACUGAAUUGUAUGGUCGAUAUUUCAAAUGGGAAAGGCUUCUUAGAGUAACUGCUUAUUGUCUUAGAUUUGUUUAUAAGCUUUUCAUUAAGGUAGUUCAAAAAAGGGUCAACAUUGACCAAACUGACUCCUACCAGCCUAAGCUGGCUUUUAUUUCUGUAAAUACCUAUUACAGUGUAGCCUUAGGCAACCUGUCAACUAAGGAAAUCGAUAAUGCUGCCUCUUUAAUAGUUUAUACACAUCAGCAGAGAUGGUUUUCUGCCGAUUUAGCUGUUCUUCGUAGAAACCAAGGGCUAAGACCUGAUGAAUUAGAACAGCUUCUAUCAAGUAGUCGUUUGCAUAAACUAACACCUAUUAUCAUCGAUUAUCUUCUUCGAGUCGGUGGAAGGCUUAGUAACCCUCUUUUAGAUGCAAAUGCUAAACAUCCCUUGAUCCUCUAUGGCUACGACUGUAUCACUCAAUUGUUGAUUGACUAUUAUCAUCGCAAGGCAUUACAUGGAGGUGUUGAGAUGAUUCUUGUGUCUCUUAAGCAAAAAUAUUGGAUUUUGCGAGGUCGUGAAGUAGUGCGUGCCGAACUUAGUCCCUGUUUCACCUGUAAAAGGUACAAGGGCCGGACUCAGACUCAAUUGAUGAGCGAUCUUCCAAAUUGUCGAGUAACUCCUAGUCCACCCUUUCAGAAGACUGGAGUUGAUUAUGCCGGACCUUUUCCAAUUCGGUUGUCUAAGAGUCAAGGAAAGGAUACUCUUAAGGGAUACGUGGUCGUGUUUAUAUGUAUGGCCACCAAAGCCGUACAUCUGGAAGUGGCUGAGGACUACUCGACUGAGGCAUUCAUUGCAGCAUAUCAUCGCCUUGUGUCUCGUCGAGGGCAGUGUACUGAUCUUUAUAGUGAUCAGGGCACGAAUUUUGUACGUGCUGACCACGAAUUAAAAAGAAUGUGGACAGCUCGGUGUCAUUCAUCUGAUUUUGCCGAUAGUCUGUCGUAUUCUGGCACUGAGUGGCAUUUUAAUCAUCCAGCUGCCCCUCACUUCGGUGGUAUUUGGGAAUCUGCCGUAAAAUCAGCGAAGUUCUAUUUGAAGCGAGUCGUUGGUGAUCAGAUUUUGACGUUUGUCGAGUUCUCGACCCUUCUGUGUAGUAUAGAAUCGUGCCUUAAUUCGCGGCCACUGUGCCCUCUGACCGAUGAUCCUGAGGACCUUUAUGCUCUCACUCCUGUGAAAGCUUGUUACACAGACUGGCCAGGAUUUUUGGAGGCGGUGGUCCUCAGAGUACCUCAGCACUCUUCAGGCACGAUCUAA